AGGGGAUCCGAGAGAACCCACCCGAUCACCUGUUCUCUGUUGUCUUGAAGUCCGUGGUUUCCCUCACACCAACGUUCCCGGUCACGCCGUCCACUAUUUCCGCUUCACCCUCCAACUGGUUGAGAAGUCCGACGAUCAGAGGACUCACCGUCUCGCAUUCCACACCAGGGCACCUGUUUCGCAACGCUCAGCUCUGUUUGUUGGCUCCCCCCCUCCAGCUCAGCAAUGUUCGGCAAGAUCAAGCUCCCCAAGGCGGGCCGCUCGCGCAAGCAGCUGUUCGACGAGGGGGAUGGCGACUUGGACUUCAACCCGGCCUCGAUGCUCCCACCGGACCCCCCCACCCGCGGCGCGCCGCGAUCCGCCCCUCCACCCUUCCGACAAGACUCCACCCAGAGCGAGCGGGACAGAGGCAGAAGCACGAUAUCAGGGGGGCCUGGCAGUGGAGGCAAGAUUGACACCGCUGGGCUGGCAGCGAGGCUGGGACGCACGCCGUCGUCAUCUGGUCGAGCGUCGUCGGCUGGCCCGCCUGCUGCUGCUGCUGCUGCUGAGGGCCGCACCCCGAGCAGACGUAAGCUGAAGAACGACAAGGGAGACGGGGGCGGCGAGGGGAGGGCCCGCAGCGAGGUGCGGCAGGAGGGCAUGGACAUGGCGAUUGGAAAGGGCGGGGGCUUCGCGUCGACUCCCCCGCCACCCCGCUCGCCGCGGAUGAUGCAGGGGAUGCAGACGAACAACUCGAUGACGGCGCCGAGGCCACCGGUGCCCUUCAAACAGUCGGCACAGUCGCCUCCCAUGCGGCCACAGCAGCAAGGGGCACAGGGCGGGCAUGGGGGGGCUGCAGGUGGGUCGUUCUGGAGUACGAUGGCUGCUGGUCCUGAUGACGGACAACAAAUUGUCGUCUCCCCCGUCGCUCAGCCACAGCAGCAGCCACCGCAGCAGCCACAACAGCAGCCACCGGCACAGCAGCAGUGGCGCCCUGACAGCAAGGGGCAGCAGCAAGUCACGAUGCAGCCCCAGCAGCAGCAACAGCAGCAGGUGCACCCAAUGUACGCCACGACUCAGCCCAGCGCAAGACAGCAGCAGCAGCAGCAAUAUCACCCACAGAAGGCGCUGGAGCCCUUCACCUCGUCAGUCAACAAAAUGGCUACGGCCGACAUGGUACAGUGGGAGCAGUUGGCACCCCAGCGGCCGGUGCAGCAGCAACAGCAGCAGAGACCACCACAUCACACCCAACCACAGCAGACGGCGUAUGGUGGCCAGUGGCAGCAACCAGGAGUCCAAGGACAGCCGCAACCGCCCUCCCAGCACCAGAUGAUGCCGCAGCAACCUCAGCAGACAGGUAGCGGGACAAGGAAAUGUCAGCGUGCAUCCCAUGUCCUCUCUCCAUUUGUGUGUGUGUGUGUCGUGUUCUUAGGCGCUGGUCGUUACGCGGCCCAGUACCACACGACACAGGCGAUGCCGUCACACCUGCAGCAACCACAGCAACAGCCGCCAUUCUAUGCCCACCAACAGCAGCAGCAACAGCAGCCCCCAAACCGUCCUCCUCAGCCAAUGCCCUCACCCCAUCAGCAGCAUCAACAGCAGCAGCAGCAGCAGCAACCGGCACCAACGCGUUCCUACGGUCAGGCGAGUCUCGACGACGUGCUGUACGGCGGGCAGGCCCCCCCGCAGCAGCCCACAUACGCACCACAGAUGCAGGUGACCCCCCCUCAGCGGCGCCCCCCCUCGCCGCAGAGCAAGCAGCUGGAGGAUCUACUCGACCUGGGGGACGAGCUAGCUAGCGGCCCAGCCCCUCCGCCUCUUCCCGCGUCUGCCCCGGCAUCUGCACCGGCCGUGUCGUCAUAUCCUUCAAAGUCGCCGCCGCUCUCUCCGGUGCUCAUGCCUCAGCCGACGGCGACGCCACCGCCCUCGCAGCGAGACACGUCACCGUGGUCGGCACUCAGCCAGUACCCGGCCACACCACCGGUGUCUUUGGCGAACACGCCGCAGACACACACGCCUUCCAGCACACCGGGGCUGCCGGUCAACCAGUGGGGCCAGCAUGGAUCGUUUCAACAACAGCAGCAGCGACAGCAGCAGCAGCUCCAGUGGUCAGGUGUGACUCAUGGGGGCGUGCAGGACAAGGUUCAGGGAGGGCUAUGGAGCACUCAGAUGCCGCAGCAGCUUCAGCAAGGUGGGUCUCUUGAUGAUUUUCUGUGUGUGUGACGACCACUCCCCAACCGCAAUACGCAUGUGUCUGUCGUGGUUUUGUCUGUUGAUCUCAGGUGCGUUUGGUCAGGCCGUCACCCCGACGCACGGCCAGCAGAGUCAGUUCAGCCCACCCCAGCAGCCCAGCGAGCCAUCUGAACACCAGCAACGUUCCAAGAGUGUUUUCCAUCAGAUCUACCAUACGCAGCCGGGGCCCAGUCAGCAGCAGCAGCAGCAGCAGGCCCCUGCCCCCUCUCCCCCCCAGCAGCAGCAGCAGCAGGCGCCCACUCCACCCUACACGCCAUCUCCUGCCGCACAGGAGCAGCACCCGCAACUCGGCGGCUUUGUGCAGCCACAACAACAGCAGCACCAGCACCAGCAGCAGCACCAGCAUCCCGCGAUAUCCCCUCGCGGCACAUAUGGGCAACCAGGGCCGCCCCCUGCAUUCACCGUGACACCUCCCGCAACCGAACAACAACGCCCCUCGUCAGGUGGCGGUGUGGGCGAGUGGGAGGGCAUGCCACUGGGCGACUUCGACAUGCCCCCCUCCAUGACGGUCAGCAUCGACAUAUCACCGGCAGACACCUACACCAUGGCCACCUCCUCCACAUCCCCCCACGGCACCAUGGCGUCGUCGAGCGGCGGUGGAGGGCAGAUGACGCGCGACACCUUGUGGUCCACCACCAGCGGCCUCAGUGGGGGGCAGACCAGCACCAGCCAAAUGGGCAGUCAGGAGACCGCUCUCUCGGCCUUCGGCCACUAUCCCCAACACCAGCAGCACCAGCAGCACCAGCAGCAGCCGUCGUCGGGCGUGCUGCCGCCCUUCCAUUCGCAGCCACCGUCGCGUGGGCACCUCACACCGUCAAGCGCAUCGUCACAGAUGGGCAGCAUGCCCCCGUCUCCCGUGCCGCAGGAGGCAGCCGCGAUGGGCAACAUUCCAGCACCGGCACCAGCACCAGCACCUGUUCCGCCCGUCAUGCUGCAGUCGAUGCAGCAGCCACAGCCACAACUGGUGAGGGAUGACCCUUUUGCCGAGGCGGACGCUUUCAACCCCUCCCUGUCCAAGGGGCACACCCCGAGAUCGGGAGGGCAGAUGGGGCAGUCGCCGCAGAUGGGCUACCAGCAGCCAAUGGGGAUUGUUGAUGAGAAGGCGGCGGCUCAUGCGUUCAGCGAUCUGACGAGCAUGCUGAUGGGGCAGGGGCAGGGGCAGGGCCGCCAGCAGCAGGUUGCGCCGCAGGUAUCGACUCAAGAGAUCUGUCAUGCUCAUGGUUGUACGAGUGUGGCUUCUUCCUGGUUCAGAAUAAGUCGUUUGUGUCACUCCAGCAGCAGCAUUUGCAGUCACAGCCAGGUGGCAGCACACCGCCUCAAAUGCAGCCCUUCCCCCCACUGCCACCACACCAGGUGACAAAGAUGAAAGGACAACAAAAAAACAAACGUCACUCCUUCUCUGUCUUUUAUCAGGGGGGCGGUGGUGGUAUGGCACACCAGCACCAUGAGCAGAAGCAGCAGAUGCAGCCACAACAGAUACCAUUCGGAUUUCCCCAACAACACGCGCACCAGCAACAGCAACAGGCCCCUCCCAUGCAGCAGAGCGGCCUGUACCAGACGGUGCCGACGGCCGCCGCCCACCUGCAGUUGCCGCAGCAGCAGAUGGCCACCACCAGUCUCAGCAGCAGUCUCAGCAGCAGCCUCAGUACCCCUAUGUUCGGCCAAAAGGGGACUGGCCACACGCACGCAGCUGACCCCCAGGGCAUGCAGGAAGCCCUCGCACACCAUACACAGGUGGGUCAGACCACACACCAGACCAGGUGACAGAGAAAACAUUGUGCGCCACUCCUCUCUCUCCCUGUCUGUGUGUGGUGCAGGCAUCAGCGGAUCGUUCAGCGGCAUUUUUGACCGCUCAGCUGGCGUCGCUGCGGCUGCCUACCCGAGAAGAGGCCGAUCAGGCCUUUCAGAACCUCCUGUCUGGAGGAGGAGGCGCGGACAACAAGCCUCCUCCUCCCGCCAUGCCGACCGCCCAGCCAUUUGCACCCGCGGUGCGCGCCAAUCAACGCACCGCCCCCAACCAACGGGCACACACACCAUGGGCUCCCUCCUCCGUGUCCCGUGUGUGUAUGUGUGUGUGUGUGCAGGGUUCUCAGGUGAUGGCUAAGGCGGCUGGCGUGGGUGCGGUGAUGUCUCAUCAGGACAGUCUCUCGCCCGGCGUGGCCAUGAGCCGCCAGACGGGGCUGGGGCCAUACGGCCAGCAGCAGGUGGUCCACCACCCUCAGCAGCAGCAGCAGCAGCAGCAGCAGCCUGGGGCUAUGCACGGGUUCGGACAGCAGCCGCAGCCGCAGCAGCCGCAGCAGGGGUGAGAAGGACAGCCUGACGAGUUCGCGUGUGCAUUGAUGUGUUGCGCUGUUUGUGUGCACUGCAGUGGGUUUGCGCAAGGGUUUUCUCAGCAGCCGGCAGCAGGACAGCAGCAAGCAGCACAGCAGCAGCAGCAGCACCAUACACAAGGAGGCCACGGUCAUGGCCUUCUGUGAGUGAGUCCGCUUCCGUCGUUUCUCUCUCUCUUUCUUCCGCCUUUUGGCGACCUUGUGCGUGCGAGUGGCGUGAAGUGGUGUGGGCGAACACAGCUGAGAUGAAGGGCACGGGUGUGUGUGAGGGAGGGAUGGCUCAACUUCUUGAGUGGCUGGCUGCCGAUGGCCAUUCGUUCCUUCUCUUACUUUGUAUGGGUGAUGGGACACACACACAGAGAGAGAGAGGCCAAUUCGUUUGCUUUCGCGCACUAUACUCCAUCCACCACACACAUGCUCACACACCUGACCUGCACACCCACACUCUUACGUAAAUUAGUCAGCAGUCUGUCUGUUUUCCCGCGCACCCGUCUGUUUUUCGCUACCCUUGCUACACCACACAUCCACACCCACACGCAUACCCUGGCUGGCUGGCUGGCUGGCUGACUGACACGAUGCACGCACACACGCGAGAAGGGGUGCGCCUUUCCUUCCAGGCC